AAGCACUGUGGGUGCGCCCUGCCAAGGAGGGCGGAGGGCGGAGCACGAGAAGGAGGGAGAAGGGAGGGCGUGAGAGCGAGUGAGACACAAGAAAAGCUUGCGCGCCACCGCCCUCCUCGGGAGAGAGGCUGGAGUGAGGCUGAGCAGAGAACCGCAUUUCAAUGAGGACCAGCCCCGGCGCAUCCGUGCACUAGCGGCUGCAACCCAGACGCCCGUGCUCCGCAGCCCCAGCCGCGCCCAGCCCGGCGAGGACAGCUCCAGCAGCCGGCCACAGACAACCCAGCGGCCACCCGCGACCGGUUCCACACACAAAGCAGUCAUGUCGUUCGGCAGAGAUAUGGAGUUGGAGCAUUUUGAUGAACGGGACAAGGCGCAGAGGUACAGCAGGGGGUCCCGGGUGAACGGUCUGCCCAGUCCCACACACAGCGCCCACUGCAGCUUCUACCGCACGCGCACACUGCAGACGCUCAGCUCCGAGAAGAAAGCCAAGAAGGUUCGAUUCUACAGAAAUGGUGACCGCUACUUCAAAGGGAUUGUGUACGCCAUCUCCCCAGACCGCUUCCGAUCCUUCGAGGCCCUGCUGGCUGAUUUGACCCGAACUCUCUCGGAUAACGUGAAUUUGCCCCAGGGAGUGAGAACCAUCUACACCAUCGAUGGAGUCAAGAAGGUCUCCAGCCUGGACCAGCUGGUGGAAGGUGAAAGCUAUGUCUGCGGCUCCAUUGAGCCCUUUAAGAAGUUGGAGUACACCAAAAAUGUGAACCCCAACUGGUCCGUGAACGUCAAGACCACCUCGGCUUCCCGGGCAGUGUCUUCGCUGGCCACUGCCAAGGGGGGACCCUCAGAGGUUCGGGAGAAUAAGGAUUUCAUUCGACCCAAGCUGGUCACCAUCAUCAGAAGCGGAGUGAAGCCACGGAAGGCUGUCAGGAUCCUGCUGAACAAGAAGACGGCGCAUUCCUUCGAGCAGGUUCUCACUGACAUUACCGAUGCCAUCAAGCUGGACUCGGGCGUGGUGAAGCGCCUGUACACCCUGGAUGGGAAGCAGGUGAUGUGCCUUCAGGACUUUUUUGGUGACGAUGACAUUUUUAUUGCAUGUGGACCAGAGAAGUUCCGUUACCAGGAUGAUUUCUUGCUAGAUGAAAGUGAAUGUCGUGUGGUGAAAUCCACUUCUUACACCAAAAUAGCAUCGUCGUCCCGCAGAGGCACAACUAAGAGCCCAGGACCUUCCAGGCGAAGCAAGUCCCCGGCCUCCACCAGCUCAGUCAAUGGAACCCCUGGUAGUCAGCUCUCCACUCCACGCUCGGGCAAGUCACCAAGUCCAUCCCCCACCAGCCCAGGAAGCCUGCGGAAGCAGAGGAUCUCUCAGCAUGGCGGCUCCUCUACUUCACUUUCGUCCACAAAAGUUUGCAGCUCGAUGGAUGAGAAUGACGGCCCUGGGGAAGAAGAGUCGGAGGAAGGCUUCCAGAUUCCUGCCACAAUAACAGAGCGAUACAAAGUUGGGAGAACAAUAGGAGAUGGGAAUUUCGCUGUGGUCAAGGAAUGCGUAGAGAGGUCAACUGCUCGGGAGUAUGCCCUGAAAAUCAUCAAGAAAAGCAAAUGUCGAGGCAAAGAGCACAUGAUCCAGAACGAGGUGUCUAUCUUGAGGAGGGUGAAGCACCCCAACAUUGUCCUCUUGAUCGAAGAGAUGGAUGUGCCCACUGAGCUGUACCUUGUCAUGGAGUUAGUGAAGGGCGGAGACCUUUUCGAUGCCAUCACUUCCACUAGCAAAUACACAGAGCGAGAUGCCAGUGGGAUGCUGUACAACCUGGCCAGUGCCAUCAAAUACCUGCACAGCCUGAAUAUCGUCCACCGUGACAUCAAGCCGGAGAACCUGCUGGUGUACGAGCACCAGGAUGGCAGUAAGUCGCUCAAGUUGGGUGACUUUGGUCUGGCCACCAUUGUUGAUGGCCCCUUGUACACAGUCUGCGGCACCCCAACAUAUGUGGCUCCUGAAAUCAUUGCAGAGACUGGAUAUGGCCUCAAGGUGGACAUCUGGGCAGCCGGUGUGAUCACUUACAUCCUGCUGUGCGGUUUCCCUCCGUUCCGUGGGAGUGGUGAUGACCAAGAGGUGCUUUUUGACCAGAUCUUGAUGGGCCAGGUGGACUUCCCACCUCCGUACUGGGACAACGUGUCAGAUUCUGCUAAGGAACUCAUCAACAUGAUGCUGUUGGUUAACGUCGACCAGAGAUUUUCAGCCUUGCAGGUCCUUGAGCAUCCCUGGGUUAACGAUGACGGUCUCCCAGAAAAUGAGCAUCAGCUGUCAGUAGCUGGCAAGAUCAAGAAGCAUUUCAACACGGGCCCCAAGCCGAACAGCACGGCAGCCGGAGUUUCCGUCGUAGCACUGGACCACGGGUUUACCAUCAAGAGAUCAGGGUCUUUGGACUACUACCAGCAACCAGGAAUGUAUUGGAUAAGACCACCGCUCUUGAUAAGGAGAGGCAGGUUUUCCGACGAAGACGCAACCAGGAUGUGAGGAGCAGAUACAAGGCACAGCCAGCUCCACCAGAACUCAACUCGGAAUCAGAAGACUACUCUCCCAGCUCCUCUGAGACUGUUCGCUCCCCUAAUUCACCCUUUUAAUAAGACCCUUUUACUCCAAGCCCUAGCUUAACCCUUUUAAGACUCUGAGAUUUCCCCCUCCCCCAAACUUCUGUAAAACAGGUUCCUCUGAUCUAUCUAGCACUCGAUGCGUGAACGGCGGAAAGUAUGUUUUGGGUACCUUUGUAGCAAGCUCCCUUUACUGAAUGAGAAGGCAUGUGGUGUUUGUGACGAUGGUAAUUUGCUGCUAAUAGGGGUCCUUCAAGGGUUAAGGCUAAUUUGAAUUUUUUUUUUUUUUAAAUAUAGAAGCAAUGAAUGUUUUCAUCAGUCGAGCUAGGAUCUGCAAUAGGUAACAGCACCUGUCAGCCCUCUGAGUGCACAGAAUUUUCUUUAGAAUCCUUGCUGGGUAAUUUUCCAGAACCUUGGGUAUAUUCACACACAUUUCUGGGUUUUGUUGCAGACCAAAGGGCGUCGUUAGGACCCUAAAAUAUCCACACACAAGAAGAGCAGGGAGGAUGCUCCAUCGCGGAUCCUUCUCUGUGGAUUUGGAGCACGGCAGGUUUUAUAACGUCCGUAGAUGCACCCCUCAUUCCUAACCAUUUUAUGAAGAAGGGACUCCCUUUCCUAAGUAGUAAGCUGGUUAGCUGCAGCGAGUUCUCUGCUCUGAUCCGAGGGAAUCAGGUUUGUGGCCGCCUCACCCAAGCGAUGGACGGUGUCUCCCUGUCUUCAUACAAAGAUGUGCAGAUGACGCCCCUGACAUGCUGCUUCCCCAUUAGCUGCUGCUAGUGCCAGGCAGACCCUCGGGGAACCACCCAGCCUUGGCUUGUGCUCGGUGAGUUGGGGUCUGUCUGCUCAGAAUCAGGAAAGAUCUAGAACCUACUGGUGAAAAGAGCAAUAAAUAACCAGGUGCUCUACAGGGCUGGCAUUCGAACCAGCGAGAGAACGCAAGGUCCCGUGUUUCCUUCUUCUCAGCCGCUUUUACACGGGACCAUAGCCACCAGUGUGAAACCAACACAGAACUCGAAAGAUCUGGGGCGAGAGGGAGCAAGAGGCAGUGCUUUGCAAAGUGGCAGAUGAGAAAGAAAGUACAGUGGGAACACAGUCCAAAAGGGUCUAAGGAUGGGUUUCAGAGAAAUAAGCCGGUUCCAUGAGUAACUCUAGGCACCUGCAAGUCUCCCGGAAGACACCGGAGGCUGAAACUGCCGCUCAUGAUUUUCUUUACUGUAGCUUGGUCUCCAGUCACCCAGGAGAGAUGUGUUGCUUUCGUGGUUUCGGGCCAGGGCCUGAUUGGGAUUCGUUUUCCACCCCUGCUACCCAGUCUGUCUCCCUAGACCUGAGUUUCUUUGGGAGCUGAUCGCAUCUCAGAAUAUGGGCUUGUUGUUUCCUGGUUUUUGUGUCCUUGAUCCAAAAGGAUUCAGGGGUGCCUGGGAGACUGGGCCCAACGCAAAUGUUGCUCUAGUGUUUUCUCAGCUUUGACCCAGGAAAGCACAGUGAUAGACUUCAGAAUGGCUACAAGUGGUCUUUACUUUCUCAUUCUUAAUUUGAAUGUGUUUUAGUGUCUUGAAAGUUACGAACAACCUUUUCAUUGUCAGGUCUUUAUCUUCGAACUCCACGCCGAUCUUCAACUACAGUAUUCAUACACAGUCUUUAUGUUCUAUGCAUGUAUGGACUUUUACACGACAGAAUCCCACAUUUGCUGGUCUUCCACAUUUAAAUCAACAUUUACUUAGGUUUUUUUUUUUUUUGAGAGCCCAGAAAUGAUAGCACGUAAAAGUACAAAAUCGUAUAAAUCAGCAUAUUAUUUAAAUUGCAUGUUGGGAGUAGACAGAACACAGACCACCAGGAAGGGUGCUAGUUUGUAGACAGAGUUCAUAUUGGUGAAGGGCAUAGAACUGAUCAGAAAUCACUACCUUCUCUGGAACAGAAAGGCAAAGCACUUUUAUUCUAAGAUUAGCAAGCAAUGGCAUAGCUGAGCCUCAACUCCAUGUAUGAGACUACAAAAUACCCUAUGGCCAAUAACAGAUUGCCACCUUCUCUAAAUUCCUGCUUUCCCCCUGGUCAUUAACAUAGGGCCAUAGCAUCCAGUGCUACAGGUCCAUAGUGAGGGCUCUGGCUUUUGUCUAUCAUCAUUUCGGGGAACUCAAGAGGCUUCCUCAUAUGCUGCAGAAGGGCAGCUCAGAAGACUUCUGAGCCCAUUCGGAAAGAAGAUGGCAGUGCACCCCUCUAGAGUUUCAGUGAUCUAUGCUGAAUAAACAGUGGGAUUGACCUGUCAAGUAGAAAGAUCGAGCAGGCAGAUGGACUGCAGUAAUCCAGUCAUCUUUCCAGCAUUCAGCUACCAAGAUCUUAGACAUCAGAGGUGUAGCUCAGAGGGCGAACAGGCAGACACUCGUGAAUGACUCUGUGCACCCAGAUUGCUUUGGCUUUAGCCAACACUACAUUCUCCCCACUCAACAUUCUCGGAAUAGUUCCAGUUUGAAAUGAUUAAGUGGUGGUGUUCUUUGAAUUUCCAUAACCAAAUCAACCCUAUAUUUCAUUUUGUGUAUCAUAGAACAGCUAUGUGCCACGAUGGCUGUGUGUCUCUGUAAUUAUCCACUUAACUAACACGAGUGUUUACAUAUUCUUGAGUAUUGAAUAUGACUCUUACGGUGGUAGUCUGGUAAUGGGAAUUGCCCUUCCUUUACUAACUGGACCAGCCCUGUGGUAUUUAAAGGAAUCUUUCCAUUUGAGAAUAGAGUAGUUGAACAACCCUUCUCUCCUUGCUUCCUGUAAGUCAAUUCUGUGGAUGAGACCCUCUCAUAUUAAUGAAUACAUUUACCCCUCCGCAUUGUAGCAGAAGCUGCUUUCUUCAUCAUGAUCAAUAAACGUGUGAUUUGUUCUGAACCAUUAGAAGGAAAAGUUAAGACCCUCGGUCCCUGGAAAUGUUCUGGCCGUGCCCUCAUCUGACGCACUCGUGGUGCGUACAUAUUAACACGAGCGGAGGAGGGAGUGCGGAACAACAGAACACACUUCGUGUCUUGCGUUCACUGAGAUUUCCUACAACCUGAUCUUAGGAGUGGCAGUUAACAGGUCUGUCAGAUACUGUUGAAAGAGCACAGUAGAUUGGUGAAUGAAGGGCUAAAAUUGCGAUCCUUUACCCUUUGAGGCAUAUUUCAGUUGGAAAAAAAAAACAAAGAAAGAAAGGAAGAAAAAUUGGCUCAGAGGGUCACAGGGCUCCCGAAUUACCAGGACGCGAGUGUGUUAAAUCACAGUUGUUUGCUGGCCAAAGGCAUCCGUUAGACAACUCUAUCCCCUGUGUGGAAGAGCAGUUGUGCUGAGGGAGAGCUUUCUUCACAUUAUUGUGUUGCCACUGGCCCUUCUCUGGGUAAAGCCCUGUCAGCAUUUCCAAGAUAAACUCCUAUUCUGCAAGGUUUUUAAUUUGACCAUAAAAAUGUGCCUGAGGCUCAAGUCUGCUAUUCAGGGCCUGUCCUAAAGAGUGGGAGGCACAUCUCAGGCCUCUCAACUUUUUCUCGACUCUGGAGGAAAACUCAACCUCUGGUACGUUGCCCUCAUUGUGAUUCCAGAGUUUCGGGGCACCCCAAGACCCAAGAUGGUAGUUGUAACAUAAUUACUUAUUGGACAUGCUUUUUAAAAAACUGAUCAUAUAUUAUAAGAUAUUUUCUAUUAUUUGUGAGUCUUUUAAAAUUACUGCUUGAUUUUUCUUUUUCUUUUUUUUAAGUCUUUCCUUUCUUUUUUUCUUUCCUUUUAUUUGUCAAAAGAUUUUUUUUUAAAGAACUUGAAGUUGAUCAGCUCGAAGGUCCACUUUUUUCAUGAGCUGCCUGCCACUUCCAUUGGUAAUUUGGAAAAACAAAAACAAAAAACAAAAUACCUCUCUGACCCAACAGAGCUUUGGUUUGAAUGCUGCGUGGAGGGUUAGCCACACGCUUCUUUGGAAAUCUGGAUUUCCGAAUUUAGUCAUCAGAUUUCACGAAGCCACCCUUGUCUGUGGGGAGAGUAGCAGCUAACAGUGAAAGUGCCCCCACAAUUAACACUUUUGUCAACUCACAUUCGAAGCCAGCAUAAAAUACCACUUCCUACUCUCGUGUUUAAGGGCAAAUAAAUCAGGGAAACUUGAGGACAUAUGAAACAUUUGGUGGCUGCAGAAGUACUUCCCAAUUGGGCUCUACGGUGCUUACACAUGGAACAGUUAAGAACUGGGACCCCGGGAUGUCAGAUGGAAGCUUUGGCUCGUAUGUAAUUACAUACAGACGGGGGAGGGGCUCUGGGCUCUCUCUUCUUUUUUAAUCAUCUCAAAUAUGCAGCCCGCCAGCCAGUAGCAUUAAGGGUAAUAAACCAGUGGGAAACAGGAAAUCUAAGGUAGAGGUUUAGCAUGCCUCUGCGGAGGCCUUUUGGUUCGUUUGCUAUUGUUGCUGGCUCUAACAGGAGGCCUCUGUGGUCAUUUUUCGGGAAAUGAGCAUCUAACUGGCAGGUGUUGUGGUCAUGCGGUUUGCCCGUGGAGACAAAUGAGGGAUCCGGAUUCCCUGAUUCCCAUCAAGAAAAGGCUAUCUCUCUCAACUGUACCUGCACAUUUCCUCAACAUUUUUUUUUGGUCAAUUAAACUGAGACCCUUAAUGUUACUUCAAUGUAAAGUUGUAUAUUUUUAACUGUGACAUACUUUAUUAAUUUAAAGUAAUUAGUGCUUAAGCCUUCAGAACUGUUGGUAUUAAGAGUAGGAUUUUAAGUGGUGUUAAACAUCCUAACAAGUUUGUUCCAAGUCAAUCAGCUAUAGUCAGGAAGAGACCUUGACUGGUUUUUGGGGGCAACUUCUCACUUGCCCUGGACACUAAAUCCUUGGUGUAUUCGAUGAAUAAAUAAAAAGAGAUUAAAACUGGUCCAAGGUUAGAGUCACAUCCUUGACAACUUUUAAAAAAAAAGUAUUAGGAAAUUAAUAUUAGCCUUUUUCAUUCUGACUGAAAGAAAAUUAUUAAAGGAUUAGUUGUGCGUGAAAUUAAAUAGUAUUUUGCUUCUGCAUACUGAAGAAAUGGGCUGGGGACUUGGCACAUUUAACAAGUUCCCCCGAAAGGUUUCGAUUUGGAGAAAAAAAAAGAACUCAGCAUUUCCUUUGCGAUUCUGAUUUCGUCACUUGCUGCAUGGAUCCGAUGGCGUAGGUUAGUGUCUGGUUUGGGAAUCCCAAUGAAAUAACUUUCAAGCGAUUUGUACCCAUGGUUAAAGGUGGAAUGAGACCCAAUUUCCCCCCAGUCCUUCAGUUUAAGCUCAUAAAUUGUAGGUGAAUGUGGAAUGAAAUCAUCUGUGAUAUAUUAUGUUCAUUUACCAACUGAGCUCUUUUGAUGUUGCCUGUUUUUAUGUAAAACACGUUCUUAAACUAAUAAAGUAAUAUCUCUUGGUGU